AUGGCGCAUCGUAAGUAUUCACCCCUCCCUCCCUCACACUGCAAGGAACAGUUCAACCGCAUUUCUUUUCUAGCAGCAGGAGAUUACGCAUCCUUCAGUGGCGAUUGCAUCGUAAUAGUAUUCACCUCUGCCUCCCUCCCUCACACUGCAAGGCACAGUUCAAAUAGGAUCAACUUUUCUAGCACUGCAGUGGAGAUUACGCAUCGUAAUAGUGUUCACCUCUGCUCCAUCCUCCCACUUCAAGGCACUUGUUCACCAUCUGCCUCCCUCUCCCUCACACUGCAAGGCACUGUUCAAAUAUUUCAACCUUUUCAGCAGCAGUGGCGAUUACGCAUUUUAAUAGUAUUCACCUCUGCCUCCCUCCUCACACUGCAAGGCACAGUUCAACUAGAUCACCUUUCUAGCAGCAGUGAGAUUACGCAUCGUAAUAGUGUUCACCUCUGCAUCCUCCAUCCCCUCACACAAGGCAAUGCACGUGUGUUCAACACUGCAUUGUUCACUGUUCUAGCAGCAGUGGCGAUUGCAUUUCACCUCUGCCUCCCUCCUCACACUGCAAGGCAGUGCCCAACCAUUUCAACUUUUCUAGCAGCAGCAGUGGAGAUUACGCAUCGCAAUAGUGUUCACCUCUGCCUCCAUCCCUCUCACACUGCAAGGCACUGUUCAAAUAUUUCACCUUUUCUAGCAGCAGUGGCGAUUGCGCAUCGUAAUAGUGUUCACCUCUGCCUCCCUCCUUCACUGCAAGGCACUCAGCAGUGGAUUACGCAUCGUAAUAGUGUUCACCUCCGCCUCCCUCCCUCACACUGCAAGGCACUGUUCAUCUAUUUCACCUUUUCUAGCAGCAGUGUCGAUUACGCAUCCAGCAGUGGCGAUUACGCAUCUAAUAGUGUUUUGGGCCCUCCCCUUCUACGUGACACUGUUCAUCUAUUUCACCUUUUCUUCUACGUGCGAUUUCGCAUCGUAACAGUGUUCACCACUGCCUCCCUUUUGGGCACACUUCAAGACACUCAGUGGCGAUUACGCAUCGUUAGUGUUCCCCCUGGUCCCUUCACACUUCACUGUUCCUCUAUUUUAGGCACUAGCAAGGCACUGUACGCAUCAAAUAGUGUUCACCUUUCUAGCAGCACUGUUCAUCUGUUUCACCUCAGCAGGCCUGCAGAUCCGUGUUCACCUCUGCUUCCCUCCCUCACACUGCUUGAUUGUUCAACUAUUUCACCUUUUUCUAGCAGCAGUGGCGAUUACGCACGUUGCAGUGUUCACCUCUAUUCCCUCCCCUCACACUGCAAGGCACUGUUCUCUGCUCUCCUCCUCACACUGCAAGCACUGUUCAUCUAUUUCACCUUUUCCAGCAGCACGCAUCGUAAUAGUGUUCACCUCUGCCUCCCUCCCUCAUUCUGCAAGGCACUGUUCAUCUAUUUUCACCUUUCUAGCAGCAGUGGAGAUUACAUCCAGCCGGAGAUUGCAUCUAAUAGUGUUCAUCUACUGCAAGGCACUGUUCAUCUGUUUCUAGCAGCAGUGGCGAUUACGCAUCGUAAUAGUGUUUCACCUCUGCUCUCCCUCACACUGCAAGACACUGUUCAUUUUUUCACCUUUUCUAGCAGCAGUGGAGAUUACGCAUGUAAUAGGCACCUCUCUCCUCCCUCCCCACACUGCAAGGCACUGUCUAUCUAUUUCAAUUUUCUAGCAGCAGUGGAGAUUACGCAUCGUAAUAGUGUUCACCUCUGCUCUCCUCCAUCUCACACUGCAAGACACUGUUCAACUAUUUCACCUUUUCUAGCAGCAGUGGAGAUUACGCAUCGUAAUAGUGUUCACCUCUGCCUCCCUCCAUCACACACUGCAAGGCACUGUUCAACUAUUUCACCUUUUCUAGCAGCAGUGAGAUUAUGCAUCGUAAUAGUGUUCACCUCUGCUUCCCUCCCUCACACUGCAAGGCACUGUUCAAUCUAUUUCACCUUUUCUAGCAGCAGGAGAUUACGCAUCGUAAUAGUGUUCACCUCUGCCUCCCUCCCUCACACUGCAAGGCACUGUUCAUCUAUUUCACCUUUUUUAGCAGCAGUGAUUACGCAUCGUAAUAGUGUUCACCUCUGCCUCCCUCCCUCACACUGCAAGGCACUGUUCAUCUAUUUCACCUUUCUAGCAGCAGUGGAGAUUACGCAUCCAGCAGUGGAGAUUACGCAUCGUAAGGUUCAAUUCUCUGCUCUCCCUCCCUCACACUGCAAGGCACUGUUCAUCUAUUUCACCUUUCUAGCAGCAGUGGCGAUUACGCAUCGUAAUAGUGUUCACCUCUGCCUCCCUCCCUCACACUGCAAGGCACUGUUCAUCUAUUUCACCUUUUCUAGCAGCAGUGGCGAUUACGCAUCCAGCAGGGAGAUUACGCAUCGUAAUAGUGUUCACCUCUGCCUCCCUCCUCUCACACUGCAAGGCACUGUUCAUCUAUUUCACCUUUCUAGCAGCAGGAGAUUACGCAUCGUAAUAGUGUUCACCUCUGCCUCCCCCCCUCACACUGCAAGGCACUGUUCAUCUAUUUCACCUUUUCUAGCAGCAGUGGCGAUUACGCAUCGUAAUAGUGUUCACCUCUGCCUCCCUCCUCACACUGCAAGGCACUUGUUCACCUUGCCUCCUCCCUCACACUGCAAGGCACUGUUCAUCUAUUUCACCUUUUUAGCAGCAGGGAGAUUACGCAUCGUAAUAGUGUUCACCUCUGCUUCCCUCCCUCACACUGCAAGACACUGUUCAUCUAUUUCACCUUUUCUAGCAGCAGUGGAGAUUACGCAUCGUAAUAGUGUUCACUCUGCUCUCCCUCCUCCAUCACACUGCAAGGCACUGUUCAACUAUUUCACCUUUUCUAGCAGCAGUGGAGAUUACGCACGUAAUAGUGUUCACCUCUGCCUCCCUCCAUCACACUGCAAGGCACUGUUCAACUAUUUCACCUUUCUAGCAGCAGUGGAGAUUACGCACGUGGCCAGUGUUCACCUCUGCUCCCCCCCCUCACACUGCAAGGCACUGUUCAUCUAUUUCACCUUUUCUAGCAGCAGUGGCGAUUACGCAUCCAGCAGGCGAUUACGCAUCGUAAUAGUGUUCACCUCUGCCUCCCCUCCUCACACUGCAAGGCACUGUUCAUCUAUUUCACCUUUUCUAGCAGCAGUGGCGAUUACGCAUCGUAAUAGUGUUCACCUCUGCCUCCCUCCCUCACACUGCAAGGCACUGUUCAUCUAUUUCACCUUUUCUAGCAGCAUGUUCACCUCUGCCUCCCUCCCUCACACUGCAAGGCACUGUUCAUCUAUUUCACCUUUUCUAGCAGCAGUGGAGAUUACGCAUCGUAAUAGUGUUCACCUCUGCUCCUCCCUCCCUGCAAGGCACUGUUCACCAUUUCAAGGCACUCAGUGGCGAUUACGCAUCGUAAUAGUGUUCACCUCUGCCUCCCUCCCUCACACUGCAAGGCACUGUUCAUCUAUUUCACCUUUUUUAGCAGCAGUGGAGAUUACGCAUCGUAAUAGUGUUCACCUCUGCCUCCCUCCCUCACACUGCAAGGCACUGUUCAUCUAUUUCACCUUUUCUAGCAGCAGUGGAGAUUACGCAUCCAGCACUGCAAGGACACUGUCAACUAUUUCACCUUUUCUCGCAGCAGUGUUCACCUGUCCCUCCCUCACACUGCAAGGCACUGUUCAUCUAUUUCACCUUUUUUUAGCAGCAGUGGAGAUUACGCAUCGUAAUAGUGUUCACCUCUGCCCCUCCCUCACACUGCAAGGCACUGUUCAUCUAUUUCACCUUUCUAGCAGCAGUGGAUUACGCAUCGUAAUAGUGUUCACCUCUGCCUCCCCCCUCACUGCAAGGCACUCAGCAGUGGAGAUUACGCAUCGUAAUAGUGUUCACCUCUGCCUCCCUCCCUCACACUGCAAGGCACUGUUCAUCUAUUUCACCUUUUCUAGCAGCAGCAGUGGAGUGUUCAUUGCUUCAUCAAGGCACUGUUCAUCUAUUUCACCUUUACGCAUCGUAAUGCUUCCCUCCCUCACACUGCAAGGCACUCAGCAGUGGAGAUUACGCAUCGUAAUAGUGUUCACCUCUGCCUCCCUCCCUCACACUGCAAGGCACUGUUCAUCUAUUUCACCUUUUCUAGCAGCAGUGGAGAUUACGCAUCGUAAUAGUGUUCACCUCUUCCCUCCCCACACUGCAAGGCACUGUUCAUCUAUUUCACCUUUUCUAGCAGCAGUGGCGAUUACGCAUCGUAAUAGUGUUCACCUCUGCCUCCCUCCCUCACACUGCAAGGCACUGUUCAUCUAUUUCACCUUUUCUAGCAGCAGUGGCGCAUUACGCAUCGCCUCCCUCCCUCACACUGCAAGGCACUCAGCAGUGGAGAUUACGCAUCGUAAUAGUGUUCACCUCUGCCUCCCUCCCUCACACUGCAAGACACUGUUCAUCUAUUUCACCUUUUCUAGCAGCACAGCAGUGGAGAUUACGCAUCGUAAUAGUGUUCACCUCUGCCUCCCCCUCACUCACAAGGCACUGUUCAUCUAUUUCACCUUUUCUAGCAGCAGGGAGAUUACGCAUCGUAAUAGUGUUCACCUCUGCCUCCUCCCUCACACUGCAAGGCACUGUUCAUCUAUUUCACCUUUUCUAGCAGCAGUGGAGAUUACGCAUCAUAAUAGUGUUCACCUCUGCCUCCCUCCCUCACACUGCAAGGCACUGUUCAUCUAUUUCACCUUUUCUAGCAGCAGUGGAGAUUACGCAUCCUGCAAGACAUCUGUGUUCACCUCUGCCUUCCUGUUCAUCUAUUUCACUUUUUUCUGCAGUGGAGAUUACACUUUUCGCAUCAGUAAUAGUGUUCACCUCUGCCUCCCUCCUCUCACACUGCAAGACACUCAGCAGUGGAGAUUACGCAUCAUAAUAGUGUUCACCUCUGCCUCCCUCCCUCACACUGCAAGGCACUGUUCAUCUAUUUCACCUUUUCUAGCAGCAGUGGAGAUUACGCAUCGUAAUAGUGUUCACCUCUGCCUCCCCUCCCUCACACUGCAAGACACUCAGCAGUGGAGAUUACGCAUCGUAAUAGUGUUCACCUCUGCCUCCCUCCCUCACACUGCAAGGCACUGUUCAUCUAUUUCACCUUUUCUAGCAGCAGUGGAGAUUACGCAUCGUAAUAGUGUUCACCUCUGCCUCCCUCCCUCACACUGCAAGGCACUGUUCAUCUAUUUCACCUUUUCUAGCAGCAUGUUCACCUCUGCCUCCCUCCCUCACACUGCAAGGCACUGUUCAUCUAUUUCACCUUUUCUAGCAGCAGUGGCGAUUAAGCAUCGUAAUGUGUGUUCACCUCUGCCUCCCUCCCUCACACUGCAAGACGCUGUUCAACUGUUUCACCUUUUCUGCAGCAUGGCGAUUACAUCCCCUCACACUGCAAGGCAGUUCACCUCUGUUCACCCUCCCUACACUUGUUCAUCUAUUUCACCUUUUCUAGCAGCAGUGGAGAUCGCGCAUCGUAAUAGUGUUCACCUCUGCCUCCCUCCCUCACACUGCAAGGCACUGUUCAUCUAUUUCACCUUUUCUAGCAGCAGUGGAGAUCGCGCAUCGUAA